AUGAAUGGGUGGAUGGAUGAGGGUCCACAUAAGACAAAAGUUGUGGAUCUGGCGUUGUACAACGAGUUCACCAUCAGCGACACUCUGUCCUUUUUUGGCCGAAUCCACGGCUUGACCUCGAAGGAAACCCAGGCACGUAUGGACUUCCUCAUCGACUUCCUCGAUCUACCUCAAAAGACCAGUCUGGUCCGAAACCUGAGCGGCGGUCAGAAGCGCAGGGUGUCUCUCGGCGCUGCUCUGCUGCAGAAUCCAGAGCUGCUCAUCUUGGACGAGCCCACGGUCGGCGUAGACCCUGUGCUCAGGGCUAAAAUCUGGCAGCAUCUGGUGGAGAUUGUGAAGACGGGUAAAGUGUCCGUCAUCAUUACCACGCACUACAUAGAGGAGGCCCGGCAAGCCAAUGUGGUCGGCCUCAUGCGGAACGGCCACUUGCUGGCUGAAGGACCUCCAGAUGAAGUCAUGAAGAUGCACAGUGCUACAACCCUGGAGCACGCCUUCCUUCAGCUGUGUGAGAAUUUGGAUCAGGUCAGCUCGAAACGAGACUCCACUUCACAGGAAGCGUUAGAGAAAAGCCAGUCAUUCGAGAGCGGGCGCGACGAGAGUCGACCCAUUCUCGCGAUUGGACCGGGAGCCGCGGAGGAAGUUCCGAAAUAUUCAGCUGACUGGAAGGUAAGAGCCAAACACGUGAUGCCAAAGUGGAGAAACAUCGCUGCCCUGAUGAUCAAAACGCUGGUGCGGAUGAAGAGGAUGCCGGGCUCACUGUGUUUCCAGUUCCUGCUGCCCGUCAUCCAGGUCUCUCUGAUCUGUUUGUGUGUCGGAGGAGAUCCAAAGGGGAUCCAGGUCGCAGUCGUGAACAACGAGACCUCUUCCUCGUCUUACAGCCAAAGCCUGCUCUCCUUCCUGGACAACUCCAGUGUGGAACAGGUGCCCCUGUCUCAUUCCGAGGCCUUUGAUGGGAUCUAUAACGGAGAGUACUGGGGCAUCAUUGGCUUUGGCAAGAACUUUACCAGCUACCUGACAAAAAGGAUGCUCCAGCGGCAUGUUUCUGAAGAAGUGGUGGAUGGAGGAUCAGUGCACGUCUGGCUGGACCACACAAAUCGACAAAUUUCCAUAAUGCUGCAAAAGAAGCUUCAUGAUGCUUUUCAGGCCUUUGUGGAGAAUAAGUUGGGCAGUAUGUCAUACCUGGCCUCCCUGCCAAUAAAGUUUGAGGAGCCCAUCUAUGGCAGCCAGAACACAGACUUCACUCGGUUUGUGACUCCUGGAGCUGUUCUCAGUAUCACCUUCUACCUGGCUGUGGGUCUGACUGCUCUCUCCUUUGUUUUGGAGAGGAAGGAGGGGCUUUUGGACAGAUGCUGGGUUGCAGGCGUGAGCUCUUUGGAGACGAUGCUGGCUCACCUCUUCUCACAGUUGUUCGUCAUCAGCGUCCAGAUCAUCAUGCUGCUCCUCUUCAUCCUGCUCGUCUUCAAGAUGCCUAAUGAAGGCUCAUUGGUGCUGGUGAUAAUUCUGAUUGUGCUGCAAGGCAUCACCGGCAUUUCAUUCGGCCUCGUCAUCUCUGCUGCAAUUGAUGACGAGCAGAGCGCCAACCAGACCGCACUGGGCAUCUUCUACCCGAACCUCAUCAUCAGCGGUAUCAUCUGGCCUGUGGAGUGUAUCCCGUAUCCUCUCCGCUACGUCAGCCUGGCUCUUCCUCAGACUUAUGCCUCUGAGGCCCUUCGCUGUAUAAUGUACAGAGGUUGGGGUCUGUCCCGGAUGAUGGUGUGGCGAGGCUUCGCUGUCACCCUCGGAUGGAACACUUUUUUCCUCAUCCUGGCCACCGUCAUCUUAAAGCUGAGGACAUGAUAGCUUCACACCAAGGAACAUCCUUUAUGUGCGUGGACAGAGGCGUCAGCUGACGCUCAGGAGACACAGACACACAUACACACACACACACACACUCACUCACACGCUCACCCGGGCCUCCUGUCUGUGGAUGCACCGAGGCAGGAGAGAGCAGGAGGAGGGGAGGAGGGCGCCAGUCUCCCCUAAUCCAGAUUAUCUGUCUCGCACGCAAACACACACGUGGUCCUCAGUCAGUUGCCUGAUCCUGCAACAGUUGCUUUGGCCUGUUCAAGUGUGGGUGAAAUUUCAAAUCAAGCUAUACAGUAUAAGUUAAAGUAAAAGUACACACUAUGCACAUGCCCAACGUCAGUAUUUGCUCAACCGCAAAUGUUUCACCAGGGCCGUGUCUAAUCUUAUAGUUUAUUGUGCUUCUACAGCUUGUUGAAACUUUUCACCUCCAGAAUGGUCCAUGCACCAACUCAGGGUCCUGUUUUUGUGUCCGUUUGCCAUAAAUCUUAAUGCUAAUAGAUUCUGCUGUGAUACGCGUUAUAUAACAUGAGGUGAGGCCUAAAGCAGUCAAUGGUGAAGAAACACAGAGGAAAUGUUUAAUAUAUUCUAGGUUUUUUUGAAAUGCUUAUCAGACAGUUAAAAUACAUAGAGAAAAGUAUGUUAAUGUCAUGUGUAAAGGCCAGAAAAGUCGUAGCACAAGAAAAUAUGAAGUCUUAUUUUUGUGGUUGCUCCACAAGCAGAAGAGUAGAUUGCUGUUGUUGCAAUAUUAUUAUAUUGUGGGAACCCAGAAUUGGCUAUAAAAAGGUAGUAUCUUUGCAUCGUCCAGGAAAUUCUCAGCCGUUCAUGGCUUCCCACAACAACGAUAUUUCCUCUAGUGUCUCGCUUGUUGUAUCUGUGCUCAGUUUUGUGUUCUUAUCUGCAGGAAGUGGUAACCAUCUCGUCUGAGAGUUACCAGGUGCUAAAAAAAACUAAAAAAAAACUGUGGACAUCAUUGUUGCUAGCUCAAAUUGAUUGCUUUUGUCUUUAGCUUGUUUUGUGCCUACAUUUGCUGUGGGACUGAAGAGGAGGGGUGGAUGUUGGUGGAGGGAAAGUAUUAGUAUUGCAAAAAUAUUCAGUAUAUGUAUAUUAUUUUUGGAUUAUCCUCUACUUUGCGGGACAGAGUGGAGUGGAAUUGAGUGAAUUGAUUUUUAUCCCCCCCUCACAUAGGUCAUAAUGUGCCAUGUUUUUUUUAAAUGUCUGCAUCCAUGCAAAUGUAUUUGUUUAUAUU